AUGGGUAAUCCACCAGCACAAGAAGAUACCUGGGCAUUUGGCCCAAUUGGAUCACCGUUUCCGGAUAAUCCGGUUCAUGCAUUAGAUCAACCAAAUCAAUAUGUUGCAUUAUGGUACAAACACGGAAAACCGAUUCAUGGUCGAGCAUGGAAUAACGGCGGAGUACUCGAAUGCUCAUUUCCGUAUAAAAAAGCUGAACUAACUGGUGCUAAAGAUUUAGGAGGACAAAUUCAAAUAUUACAAUACAAAGGUGAUCACAAUUCACUUGGAUUUUGGUACGAAUGGAUUAAAUACAAAGAUCGUUUCGAGAAAACCGAAGAGCGACAAAAGUUGAAAUGUGGCGAUUCAUUGCCAAUCUUCUGGAAAAAUCGUAAAGAUGGUCCACUUAUGGGUUAUUUAGAUGCAACCGAAAUGGCACAUUUUUCGCAUGAUGGUAAGACGGAAAUAUUACAAGGAACUGUACUUGAUGAUAUGUAUAUUAUUGUACGUAACAUCAAAGGUGGACCACCUGGUUGUGAAUGCAAGAAAUGUUAUAUACCACCACCGCCACCACCAAAACCAGAAGAACCACCACCACCACCACCUGGACCACCGCCACCAAGAAUUAUGCGUGAUGAAUGGAUGGAUAUACGUAUGGGUGAUCCAUGGCCAAAACGAAAAUUGGUGCAAGCACUUGGAAAAACAUUAGAUACGGUACCAAAAGAAGAUCCAAAUCAGUAUGUAGCACUAUGGUACCAACAAGGUGAACCAAUUAUGGGUAGAAUAUGGAAAGAUAGCAAUGGAAAAGUUGCAGCAGCAUUUGGCUGGAAUGGACAUGAAUAUCGUGAUAAAGUUGGAUCCUUGCAAGUAUUAGUUGAGCUUGGACAUCACGUGCGUGGCUACGACUAUUCUUGGCAACCAUUCUCGGUAUGCGGUACAUUCGGUGAAAAAGAAUGGCUUCCAGUUUAUGUCGAUUAUAAAGGGAUCAUUUCACCUUGCGUCAUCACAUGGGAAGGAAAACAAAUCCUUGGAAAGGUUGAUAUUCGUAACGAAAGAGCAAGUGCAGCUUUCUCAGGCAAAGAAAAUAUCCUAGUUGGUCCAAAGGUACAACCACAAUUGGUAUUAUGUCGCAAAGCAAGACCAGGAUAUCAUUUCGAAUAA